UCUGUUAGGACUUGGGAUGGUUAUCUUUGGGUUUCUUUUUUUCUUUUGAUUGUACGGGAACAACUUUAUUUGGAAGAGUGUAUCGAAAAUGAAAAUUGGUUGAAGAAUAUGUUGUACAAACAAGGCAAAACAAUUAAAGCUAGAAAAAGGUUGAUUCAGAUUAUCCUUCCCAACCUUGAGUAUUACUUUUGUCAUAAAAAGAAAGAAAAAUCGUGCUCGAUCAAUCAGCCCACAACCAGCCAUGUCAAAAUUGGAAGAAAACACUUCAAGAUGGUCUCUGUCAGGAACGGCGGCUCUAGUCACCGGUGGAACUCGCGGAAUUGGCCGUGCAAUAGUGGAGGAGCUAGCUCAACUAGGCGCCAUAGUCCACACUUUUGCAAGAAAAGAAGAGGAGCUGAAUGAACGCUUGCGAGAGUGGUCCUCCAAGGGAUUCAAAGUCACCGGUUCAGUCUGUGAUGCAUCUUCAAGAGAGCAAAGAACUCAGCUCAUCGAAAAGGUGACUUCCAUCUUCAGUGGAAAACUCAACAUCCUUGUAAAUAACGUUGGAACUAAUAAAAGGAAGCCACCUGAAGAGUUUACUGCCGAAGAGUAUGAUAUGGUGAUGUCUACAAAUCUUGAAUCUUGUUUCCAUUUUUCCCAACUGGCUUAUCCUCUCUUAAAAGCCUCUGGGGUUGGAAGCAUCGUCUUCAUCUCUUCUAUCGCAGGUUUCGUGAGUAUACAAAAUGCAUCUGUCUAUGCAGCAACAAAAGGUGGAAUGAAUCAACUCACCAAGAACUUGGCUUGCGAAUGGGCUAAAGAUAACAUCCGGGUAAAUUGCGUCGCGCCUGGGGUUAUCAGCACCCCAUUAGCCAAACCUGUGCUCAGUUCUGAUGAAAAGCUGAAGAAAAUAGAAUCAAGGACUCCCAUGAAGCGAGUUGGGGAACCAGAAGAAGUUUCGCCCCUGGUUGCUUUCCUCUGUCUCCCAGCUGCUUCUUACAUAACCGGACAGGUUAUAACUGUCGAUGGAGGACUUACUGUCAAUGGAAUCUACUGGGACUAAUCAUUAAAAAACAUUUGAUCUUGUUAUCGUUGCAAUAUUUCUGCAAGAUAUUGGUUUGUAUCGUUUCUUGA